AUGGAUGGCACUCAUAUCCCUGCUUCGGUGCCCACAAAUGAGCAAAUGGCCUACACUAAUAGACAUGGGACCCAAUCUCAGAACGUUUUAGCUGUAUGUGACCAUGACAUGCGCUUUGUGUAUGUCUAUGCCGGAUGGGAGGGAAGCACACACGAUGCUCGGGUCUUUGAAAGUGACUGCGAAUGCACACUGACUUCCCAGUUCCACCCCCAGGUUCGACAGCUUGUGUUUAUUUCUGGCAAGUACUACCUGGUGGAUGCGGCAUACAAGAUGAUGCCGGGAUUCUUAGCACCAUUUAAAGGAGGACGUGUUUCACGUGUUGGGCAAGGACGUGGUCGAGGCCAAGGACCAAAGGAGCUAUUUAAUACCCGUUACUCCCAACUUCGCAAUGUAGUUGAGCGCUCUUUUGGUGUCUUGAAACAACAAUUUGCGUAUUUGAAGGGACCUGUCCCAUAUUCCUAUAUGCAAACACAAAUCAAUGUAGUUAUUGCAUGUUGUGCAUUGCACAAUUUCUUAAGGGAAACUCAACCCUCCGAUGAUCACUUCAUGCAAUAUGAACAAGAGGACAUACAAGUACAAGCCGAAGCUGGUGGUAAUCCAUACCCGAAUAUACAACCAUUGGCUGUGCCCCCACAUGAGAUAGCAGCUUGGAAUGCAAUGAGAGAAGAAAUGGCUAAUCAAAUGCAUGCCGGUUCACGCAGGCGAAGGUUUACAUCAUCUUAUGGUCUGCGGCAAAUCUAUAAUAAACCUUAG